AUUAGGCCCAGAGAUGACAAAGCAACUGACCCAUCACAUGUUUCGAAAACAUUUACCUGUGUUCGCUAUGCUGUGUGUAGUGGUCCCAAACAAUUCAGCGCUUACUUAAAAGGUAUUUUAAAUCAGCUGAUGGGAUUUCAGAAAUGUCUAAAUAGUAACCUUCAAAGGUUUUGGUGGCAGGGGCUUUUUAUGAACCUGUCAAGAGAGAACAGCUUAAAAUGAUAUUUAAAACAGUAUUUCCUGUAAUAAGACUGUAGUGAGAAGUAAAUUUCUCUUUUAGACAUGGGAUCACUAAUAUUUGAUGUAGUUCAUGGUCCUUCGCUGAUAUUGUUGGGACAUGUUCGACUGGCUGAUGUUACACAGCUUUCUGCAAGUGAUCCUAUCCAGGGGUAAGUUCAAAGGCAUAGUAAACUGACCUACAAGUCACAGAUUAGUAAAUAUAUUUGAAGUAUUGUAGUGAUUUUCGUUGAAGUUACUGUCAAACUAACCAAACUGUAAACACCUAAAAUAUUAAUUAAUGUUUAUUGUUUCAUGACCAAUCACAGUGACGACCAGGACAUCCAAACAAGUCAUGCUGUCAGUAAUAACUGUUGCUGCAUGUGACUUAGUUUUCCACACCUGAUUUGCUCUUCUCUUACAGCACAAUAACAUUCCAGAAAUAUUUCUGGAGCUUGUGGUUUUGAGUUUGACAGCACAAUACUAGUUAGCUAUGGUUCAAAGACCUGGUUCUGGCUUCAUUUCUUAUUGUGAAAUGAAAAGCAUUGGUUACUCUUUUCCCAAAAUAAAAGUAACAAUUAAGAGAGAAGAAGUGCCUUUAUUUACCAUACAGUCAUUUGUACACACAUAACCUAUUACAUUACUACAAGGCAGGAGAUCAAGCAAGCUCUGUGGAGCUUUUAGACGAUCUCUGCAAUGAAAGACCCUUUCAAACCUUUUUACUCUGUUAAUUUUGCUGAACUCAAACCACCUGGCCAAAAGAAACUUAUGGAGAAAAGACAAUUCCUUGCAUUAUGUCUCAAGCUGAGUGGAUUAACUUACAGACUUAACAGAUUGUGAUUUAUCUUUGAUAUUAUUUUAGCUUCUUUGAUGUCAUUUCCACAACUUCACCUGGUGGCAAAAUAGCCCUGUUGUACAUCACUUUAAGAUUUGAGUCAAUAUCAGGUAACUAUCUAAAUCAACUCAUACAAAGUCAAGACUGUGUUUUAAGAAAAAUUGAAGGAAGCCCAUUACUCUGAAUGUGUGAAUCUUGGGUUGUCCACUAUAUGAUUUCAAUAAAAAAACUAAGAUUUUCUUGUCACCUAGCUCUAGGAGCAAACGUUAGGUGCCCAACCAGGGACCACCAAGUGCUGGUAGAGCACAGCUUUGAAAGUGUUAUCCCAGCACAAGUACGUCCAAUAUAUUUUUGCCAAAGGCAGAGGACAUCCCUGCAUGUUUGUGAUUUUCUUGACUUCUAUAACUAUAACACAUGUUCAUAUUUUAAACUCUUCCAGCAGCAUACAACCAGAUAUCAUUAACCAUACCAACAGUAGACAUGGAGAUGGAUGCACAAAGGAGACGACCUUCUGAUGAAAGUGAUGUCCAGCCUACUCCACCUCCUCUCUCCUUAAACCCUGCCACACCCAUCACCCAUCCCAGACUGACUGCACAGGACACUGACCCCUUUGUGUCACCAGCACCCCAUACUAAGGUAUAUUGUAUUACUGGUAUACUUAAUCUCUUAUCGGAUUCCCAGUAGCAUGCCUAGUGGUUAUUGUACAGUAAUGUACCAAGUCAAAGGUUCAUUGUGAAGAUACAAGAUGAGAUCAUGAUAUCCUGGGAUUCGUUAUACCCUAGGACACUGCAUGUCUUAGUGCCCCUUUCCCAGUGCAUUCAAAAUUUUUGCUAUAAUUUCCUGUGUUUAAAAUGUUCAUUUAAGUGUUGACUUUUAUGAGCUGCAACUUUUUUUGUUAAUUUUAAGUGAAAGCUACUGUUCAAAAUUAAAUUCAGGUUAAGACUUUUCAACCCAGGUUGAUUCUCAGUUUCCUAUUUUUUUCUCAAUUUCCUAAUUCAUAAAUAAUUAAGGUUAGAACACAAAGGAAAUAGAAAAUCAACGUGCUGAAUGCCUGUUGUUUUUUAGGUUGUCAAGUUUGCUCCAAACAGUCCUGAGCGAUUAGAAUAUACAGCAGAACAAUCACGAGAAGCAACUGAUGGAAGGGAAGUUGAGGACACCUCAGAGAAAGGUUUAUACACAUUUCAUUAG